CGUAUCAAGGUGAAAUGUUAACAACAACUCUACAUGUUAUUCGAUUAGCACUACAAGGCCAGUACCUUGUCGUAUACAUAAGAUGGAGGCGAACACCCUGGUUGUAUUUGUGAAUGGAGUAAAGUAUACAGAAGUGAAUCCUAGUUUAGAGACUACUCUGUUGCAGUAUCUCAGAACAGAAUUAUGCCUGCCUGGUACGAAGUUGGCCUGUGGGGAAGGAGGCUGUGGAGCUUGCACAGUGAUGGUCUCUCGGUACAAUCCAAGCAGCAAGCAAAUUCGGCACUACAGUGUAAAUGCCUGCCUGAUGCCUCUGGUAGCUUUACAUGGUUUAGCUGUAACUACGGUUGAAGGUAUCGGAAGUACAAAGACCAAGUUGCACCCUGUACAGGAGCGCCUGGCAAAGGCAUAUGGCAGUCAGUGUGGAUUCUGUUCUCCUGGGUUUGUGAUGUCAAUGUACACAUUGCUACGUAAUUACCCAGAACCCUCCAUGACUCAGAUAGAGACUGCAUUUCAAGGUAAUCUUUGCAGAUGUACUGGAUAUAGAUCUAUUCUAGCAGGAUUCAGGACGUUCAGCAAGGAAUGGUUAUGUGAAAAGGGGGAAAACUGCUGCCAGAAUCAGAACGCUGCUGAUACAAACAAAAAGAUUUGCACAAAGACGUUUGAUGCCAGUGAGUUUGCUUUGUAUGACCGCACACAGGAUCCCAUCUUUCCAAAUGAACUACAGAUAGAGACUUCGUAUCACACUAAAAGGAUCAAGUUUACCGGAGCAACAGUACAAUGGUGUCGUCCAACCAGCUUAGAGCAAGUAUGUCAGUUGAAACAGGAAUAUCCAGAAGCUUUGUUCACAGUUGGCGCCACUUUAAUCGGUAAAGGCAUCCGCACUGGGAAAAUUCAAGGAGUUGUUGUAAGUUUGUCACAUGUGCCAGAGUUACUAGAUGUUUCAUCAGAUGAUGACAACAUCAAGGUUGGAGCUGCAAUUACACUUGCCCAACUAUAUGAAUACAUUGAAACCAUUGCAGAAAUCAAAAACGGUGAAACGAAAGCUGGUUUGGAAACUGUGCUGGACAUGUUACACCAGGUUGGGGGACAUCAACUAAGAAAUGUUGUAAGUAUAGGUAGCUCUAUAGCAAGUGGUUUGGGACGAUCAGAUGUUCUUACACUGUUGUUGGCUAUGGGAGCAACUACGGAGAUCAUCGACACAACAUGUUUAAACAAAACGAUAGUUUGUAAAGAAAUCUCACAACUGAUGAACGACGAUGGAACUUGCCUUUUAGAGAAACAAGAGCUGAUAACAUCAGUUAAUAUUCCAUAUAUGAGCCAGGGCGAGCAUCUUUAUUGGCACAAGCAUGCAUCAAGAGCUGAUUUAAAUCUGGCCAGUAUAAACUGUGGAAUGAGAUUGAAACUACAGGCAAACUCUCACAUUAUAGAAGACCUGGUGCUAUGUUAUGGUGGAAUGGCAAAACGAAGUAUAAUUGCAGCAAACGUGAAAAAAGAGGCCACUGGAAAGGCAUGGGGUAAAGAGUUUGUGGCUGUUGUGUGUAAGCUACUGGAGUCUGACAUAGAUGUUACACUUUACAAAGAUGGGAGUGUUGAUUACAAGAAAGCACUUGUCUCAAGUCUUUUCUUGAAGUUUUACCUGAAAGUUAAUGCUAAAGUGAUGUCACAGCCUGACCCGUCUCCUGAUAUGUCGAGUGUACGCAGUCAUCCAUUGAGUAAAGCAAGUGAGAUAUUUGAAGAUGUACCUCCAGAACAAGCUGCCGAAGACAUAGUAGGCAGAACCAUGGUACACAAGGCCGCACUACAGCAGACUACUGGAGAAGCAGUGUUCUGUGAUGACCUUCCUAUGUAUAAAGAUGAGAUUCAUAUAGCAUUAGUGUUAAGUCACAGAGUACAUGCUAACAUAGUGAAGAUUGACGCAUCGAAAGCAGAAUCCUUGGCCGGGGUGCUAAGCUUCAUCAGCUUUAAGGAUAUUCCAAAUCAGCAGUCCAAUAUUGCAGAACAUGUGUUUGCAGAUAAAGAGGUGGAGUAUGAAGGCCAUGUGAUCGGUGCCAUUAUAGCUAAGACGGAGACCCGUGCUAGAGCUGCAGCAAACAAUGUGGUCGUAGAGUAUGAUGAUUUGCCUUCUAUUGUCAGACUUGAGGACGCGAUCAAAAAGGAAAACUUCAUGGCUGGCCAUCCUGUGGUUUUAAAGCAUGGCGAUAUAGAUAAAGCUUUCCAGGAAUCAGAUGUAACAAUUGAAGGUGAAAUUGCAAUGGACGGCCAGGAACACUUUUACAUGGAAACCCAAAUAUGUCGGGUCGUACCAACAGGAGAAGAACAAGAAUUGGAGAUUGUUUCAUCAACACAAUUCCUAUCAGAACUACAGACCAGAGUGUCUGAGAUACUCAAUGUUCCCCAAAACCGUUUAACAGUAAAAAUCAAGCGGCUUGGAGGAGGUUUCGGGGGGAAGGAGGAGUCUCCGAUAUAUGUAGCUGCCAUAGCAUCCAUAGCAGCGCUAAAGUACAAUAAACCCGUACGACUGGUUUUAGACAGACGAACCGAUAUGAGAGUUACACACAAGAGACAGGAGACAUGGACUAAAUACAAGGUUGGAUGCUCAAAAUCUGGUAAGAUCCUUGCUGAGGAAGUGAGUGUCUACACCAAUGCUGGUUACACGCCUGGCUUUUUUGGAUUCGUCCAACCUGCUUCCUUGUUCUGUUUGGCUUCUGACCAGGGAUACAAGAUAGACAACUUCAAGCUAUCAGCAUAUACAUGUUUGACUAAUACGAACCCCAGGGCCCCUAUGAGGGGCUUCAUGACUCCCCCACUGGCCCUACUAAUGCAGGCAAUCAUGAAUGACAUCGCUUUAAAACUUAACAUUCCCUACACUCAGGUUCAUGAAAUCAACAUGUACAAAAGUGGGGACCAUACGUUCUAUAACAGGGAGUUGAAGGAUGCAGGUAGUUUAAAAGUCUGCUGGGAGACAUGCCUAAACAAAAGUGACUAUUACAAUAGACGAACUCAGGUAGACAACUAUAACAGAAGUUCAAGAUGGACGAAGAGAGGACUUUGUGCUAUACCCAUAUACAGAGAUGUAGGGAUAGGAUUCUUUAGGCAUAUGGGACAGGGUGCCGCCUUAGUGAACAUCUACAAAGAUGGUUCUGUAUGGAUCAGUCAUGGUGGUGUCGAGAUGGGACAAGGUCUGCACACUAAACUUAUACAGGUAGCUAGCAAGGUGCUUCAGGUUCCCUGCGAAAGGAUCCACAUCCUUGAAACAAAUACAAAUUGUGUUCCAAACGCUCUUGUUACAGCAGCCAGUCAUGGAUCGGAUCUCUUUGGUAUGGCUGUCAAAGAUGCCUGCGAAAAGUUGGUCGUUCGAUUGAAACCGUAUAAACAAAAAAAUCUUGACAAACCAUGGGAGAAAUGGGUGAUGGAUGCGUAUCUGGACUCCACUAAUCUCUCGGCUGCUGGAUUCUAUGAUCGGGGACCGCAACAUUACCAGAAUUUUAAUAAUCCAUAUGAUGGUGGAAAAGGGCACCAAUAUUAUGUGUGUGGCACAACCGUUGCUGAGGUUGAAGUUGAUUGUCUUACAGGAGCUAAUAGAGUUCUACGAAUAGAUGCCACGUUGGAUCUUGGACGCAGUUUAAAUCCUGCAAUAGACAUUGGACAAAUAGAUGGCGCAUUUGUUAUGGCUUUUGGUUUGUUCGUGUCAGAGAAAUUGGAAUAUGAUAAGAAUGGUUUCCUUGUGUCCAAAGAUACUUCCUCUUACCACAUUCCUGGUUCAAGGGACAUCCCAACACAGUUCAACAUACAACUUCUCAACACUGACAGCAAAGAAGCUGUGCUAUAUGGCUCUAAGGGAGUAGGUGAACCUCCAAUCCAUAUGGGGAUAGCAGCCUUCAUGGCCAUCAAAGAUGCAAUCAGAGCUUCUCGGAAAGAAAAUGGUGUGACUGGAAACUUCCAACUUGAUAGCCCUGCAAGUUCUGAACAAAUAUUCCACCUGUGUAAAGCAAGUAGCACCUAUCCAAGUGGAAUAUAA